AUAAUUAUAAUUAUAAUAAUUUAUAAUACUAUUAAGAGAACAAACAGUUAUCCUUCCCAUUCUUUGCAGGCGACACGUACGCAGCGGACGAAUAAUAAUUAUUGGUAGUCACGUCCGAAAUUCAUCGCGAGAAGUCAUCCGGUUGUUAGAUUUUAUUUCAAAAGUACCAUCACGGAUACUCGCAGGUCGCGAUCGUCUCAUUGAACUCUACACUUUUUUCUGUUCCACACACAAGUUUGCCGUUGACCAGAAAUACCGACGAAGUUAUGAGUGACGAUCCUAAAAAUAUGGCGCUCACAAAUUUAGAAGCGUUGAGCUUGGCAAAUCAUGAUUUUUCGUUUUCUUUGUACAAGGAAUUGGCCAAAACCGAAACAGGAAAUAUAUUUUACUCACCAUUCAGUAUCCAUGUGAUUAUGUUUAUGGCUAGUGUUGGAGCAGCUUCAAAAACCUUUGAUGAAAUGAUAAAAACUAUACAUUUAAAUGAAACUACUCAUUCAUUGGAAGCAUAUAAGAAUCUAUUGAAAGACUUAACAAGUGAAAAUGAUAAUCUGAAAUUGGCAACCGGAAUGUUUGUCGAUACAGCUUUCAAUGUUAAAGAUAGUUUUGUGGAAAACUCUAAAAAAUAUUUAAAAUCUUCUAUGGAGAAAUUAAAUUUCAAAAGUGACCCCGAUCAACAGCGCCAAUAUUUGAAUAAUUGGGUUUUAAGUAAAACCAAUAACAAAAUCAAAGACUUAUUUCCUAAAGAUUCCAUUACUCAAGCCACUGCCUUAGUAUUGGCAAAUGCUGUGCAUUUUAAAAGUGCUUGGGCACAUAAGUUUAAUGAUGCAGAAGAUGACUCAUUUUAUGUAACUCCAAGCAACAAAGUAACAGUCAAAAUGAUGACUCUCAGACACGAUUUGCAAUACUAUCAUGAUAGUGAUCUAAAAUUCGCUGCACUUGAAUUACCCUACGAACACCACGCUUUUAAAAUGAUAAUUUUAUUGCCCGAUGCUAAGGAUGGUUUGAAAGACCUGGAAAAUAACUUUUCAAAAAUUAAAUUGCAUGAAAUUUCAAAUAAAAUGACCCAGUAUCAUGUUACUGUCAAAUUGCCUCGUUUCAAAUUAGAGCAGUCUCUGCAAUUAGAAGAAACAUUAUCCAACCUUGGAUGUCCAACAAUGUUUACACGAGCGGCAAACUUUUCUAACAUUGUUGAAGAUGGUGAUCUGUAUGUGAGUAAAGUUAUGCAUAAGGCAUAUGUUGACGUUAAUGAAAAAGGAACCGAGGCUGCAGCAGCUACAGGUAUGACGUUUAUGGUGACUAGUAUGUUUCAACCACCUCCGCCGCGGCCCAACGUAAAUUUCGUCGCCGAUCAUCCUUUCACGCUUUCAAUAAUUUCUCGCAACAACGACGUAGUGUUUAUAGGCCGCCUAACAAAAUUUUAAGCGAUGUGUCGACUACUCGACUCGCAGUCGUCCAGUGGCGCAUAUUAUCAUUGUUUCGUCAAACUAUACGCGUAUACUGCUUACAAGACAAUAAUGUAAAUAAUAUAUAAUAAACAUUCUGAACAAUAUAUUCA